AUUAUAAGUAAACAAAGAUUAAUUGAAUAAUUUUUAUGAUAUUUAUAAUCUAAUAAAAGAUGAUAACAGUAUAAAUAUAAUUAAAAUAUGCAUAACGCUCAAGGAUUUAUAUCUUUAUUGGAGAUUACCGCCGUAAUUACUACAAUUUUGCAAUACUUAUCAGGAGCACUAAUUUGCCUGAAAUACGUUAAAAAAAAAAGUACUGGUGACUCUUCAGGAUUCCCUUUUAUAUGUGGAUUUUUAUCAUGCGGAUAUUGGAUACAUUACGGGAUAUUAAGCAGCGAAAAUAGCGUUGUCUUGGUUAACAUCGUCGGUGUUUGCCUGUUUUUUAUAUACACUUUGAUAUACUACGUGAUUACAGUCAAUAAGAAGAGUCAUGUUAAACAAUUUCUGUUUAUAGUAUUGGCUUUGUUUGGAAUCAUAUUGUACGACAAUAGUCUAAUGGAUACACAGCAAUCACAAAAGUUUAUGGGCAUUGUUUGCUGCAUAGUAACGGUUUGCUUUUUCGCUGCGCCAUUAAUCAACCUACUACAUGUUAUACGGAUUAAGAAUUCUGAAAGUUUGCCAUUUCCUAUGAUAAUAAUGUCGUUUUUAGUCUCAAUACAAUGGUUAGUCUACGGCAUCAUUAUAUCGGAUACAUUUAUUCAACUUCCUAACUUUUUGGGCUGCAUUUUAUCUAUGCUGCAGCUUUGUCUUUUUGUAUGCUAUCCACCAAAAAGUUUUAAUGGCCAAGGUUAUAAAUUAGUGGAACAAUCUGUGGUAUUCUAAUGAAAAGCAACAAGACAUUACAACAAUAAAAGACUCGCUCACAAAAUAAACCUUAUAAGUAGAACUUUCAGUUAUUGUAAAUACCUUUAACGUAGCGUGCUGGUGAUUAUUUAAAUUAUUACUUACUUAUUAAAUUAUUCAUUACUUAAUUAAUUUAUAAAGCAAAAAAAAAAA